CGGAGGCCCGGCCCGAGCCCCGCGCGCCGCGGGGCCCCGCUCCCGGCCGCCCGCGCUCUCUCCCCGCCGCCCGAGCUCGCCGUCCCGAGAGCAGGAACACGGGAACCUAGGAGGAAGACCCCUGCUCCAUUCAGUAAGAGGAGCCAGCGAGAUUCGUUCCGGACAGCAGAACGGAAGAGAGAACAUUGAUGGCUUUCCCACCGCAGUUUUUAAAGCAUUUGUGAAUACUGGGGAAGGAAUCUGUCCUGAUUCUGAUGCAGCUGAGAAAAAUGCAGACCAUCAAGAAGGAGCAGGCAUCCCUGGAUGCUAGCAGCGGUGUGGACAAGAUGAUGGUGCUGAACUCUGCGUUGAGUGAGGUCUCGGAAGACUUGACAGGGGGUGAAGAGCUGCUUCUGAAUGAAGGCAGCGUGGGGAAGAGCAAAUCUUCCGCGUGUCGGAGAAAACGGGAAUUCAUUCCCGAUGAGAAGAAGGAUGCCAUGUAUUGGGAAAAGAGGCGGAAAAAUAACGAAGCUGCAAAGAGGUCUCGGGAGAAACGUCGACUGAAUGACCUGGUUUUGGAGAACAAACUGAUUGCCCUGGGAGAAGAAAACGCCACUUUAAAAGCUGAGCUGCUCUCCCUAAAAUUAAAGUUUGGUUUAAUUAGCUCCACAGCCUAUGCCCAAGAGAUUCAGAAACUCAGUCACUCUACCGCUGUGUACUUCCAAGACUACCAGGCGUCCAAGUCCAGCACCGGCCCCUUUGUGGAUGAGCACGAGCCCUCGAUGGUGACGAGCGGCUGCAUUUCUGUCAUCAAGCACUCCCCGCAGGCCUCCCUGUCCGACGUUUCUGAAGUGUCCUCGCUGGAACAUUCGCAGGACGGGGCUGUGCGGGGUGGCUGUGGGAGCCCCGAGAGCAAGUUCCAGGCCAUCAAGCAAGAGCCCGUGGAACUGGAGAGCUACUCGAGGGAGCCUGGUGAUGAGCGGGGCGCCUACCGGGCCUCUGUCUAUCAGAACCUCAUGGGGACCACGUUCCCCAGCUAUUCCCACUCUCCCCCUCUGCUGCAGGUCGCCCGGUCCUCCAGCAACUCCCCCAGGACGUCGGAGACAGAUGACGGCGCGGUGGGGAAGUCCUCCGACGGAGAAGAUGAGCAGCAGGUUCCCAAGGGCCCCAUCCAUUCUCCCGUGGAGCUUCAGCGCGGCCAUGCCACCGUGGUGAAGGUUCCAGAAGUGAACUCCUCCGCCUUGCCGCACAAGCUCCGCAUUAAAGCCAAAGCCAUGCAGAUCAAAGUAGAAGCGUUCGAUCACGAGUUUGACGCCGCACCGAAACCGGCCUCGCCUAUGGACGGGACGCCCAAGAGACAUUUCGAACUCGAGAAGCAUACUGCCCCAAGUAUGGUACAUUCUGCCCUCACCCCUUUUUCAGUGCAGGUGACUAAUAUUCAAGAUUGGUCUCUCAAAUCGGAACACUGGCAUCAAAAAGAACUUAAUGGCAAAACUCAGAAUAGCUUCAAAACUGGAGUUGUGGAAAUGCAAGACAGUGGCUACAAAGUGUCCGACCCAGAGAAUUUGUUUCUGAAGCAGGGGAUAGCAAACUUAUCUGCAGAGGUGGUUUCACUGAAGAGACUCAUAGCCACACACCAAAUCUCUGCUUCGGACUCUGGGUGAAUUACUACUGAAAAGCUCUGGGUCUUUAGAAAGCCGUCAUUUGCAAUAGAUGAGUACGUUUUGUAUUAGGCUGAAUUUUCACUGGACCCGUGAUGUCAUUCCACUGUAAUGUUCACACAUUGUCUGCUGGGUGUCUUUUUGUGCACAAAUUAUUAUGGAAAUUAGAUUGUGUUAUCAACUCUGCCUUCUGUAUAGUAAAAUAGUCCAUACAAAGCCUGUAUAUAUUGAACAUUAUUUUUGUUGUUCUAUUAUAAAGCGUGUCAGUUACCAGUUUCAAUAAAGGAUUGGUGACAAACACAGA